UAUUUUUUCCAGCUUGGCUAGGAACCCAGACUAUUGAUGUGAAGGAACCAGGCAAAACAUACAGUGCCAUUGAAAACAUCGCUCGCAUACACAUCCGACCCGCUGCCGAAAAGCGUGUUCCAGUCUGUGCCAAAAGCUUCUGAAUCACCCAAAACCGUCGCUGCAAAAUGGCCAAAGAAACCUCUGCGUUCGUCAGAAAAUUGGCCCACAAUGACCCGGCCAUCCGGAAGUCUGCAUUUGCCGCCUUGACGAAAUACUUGCAGUCGCCCUCGGGCCAGAAGCUCCGUUUCCAUGAUCUCGAGAAAUUGUGGAAGGGCCUCUACUAUUCCAUGUGGUUCUGUGACAAGCCCAUCCCGCAACAGAACCUUGCGGGCGACUUGGGCGAGCUUUUUGCCAAAACGGUGCCGCAGAACAAAUUGGCCGAUUUCCACCGUGCGUUCUGGGCCGUCUUGAUGCGCGAGUGGCACUCCAUUGACAAGUGGCGCCUCGACAAGUUUUUGAUGUUAGUCAGACGUGCGGUCAGAAACAGCUUCUUCCGUCUUGCCGAGCACCAGUGGCCGCAGCUGGAAGUGUCGCAGUUCCUCGCGGUGCUCGAGGAGUAUCCUCUUUCCAAUAACGUCAAAUUCCCGCAAUCCUUGGCCUACCACGUGUGCGACAUCUACCUCGACGAAAUCGAGUACGUGAUCUUCAAAGACUUCCGUGACUACAGUGAGGAAAACGACGACGACGAGGAAAGCGAGAGCGAAGACGAAAGCGGUGAUGAUGCGGAGCUCCCGGCCAAAAGCACGCCUAAAGCCCCGAAACCCUCGUUGGGCGAGAAAGAGACUGAGGCCAGAAAGGCGGAUAUCAUUGCGCAGACGCCGGUUUCGUUGUUGCUCGGGCCGUUCGAGAAAUUGGCCUCUGGGGCCAAGAACAAGGCCAUGAGGAGCAAGGUGAAAGAAGAAAUUUUGGAAGACUCGCGGGUUCUCAAAUGGACGGGGGCCGAGCCGGCGAGCAGCGACUCCGAGGACGAGUGGACUGGUUUCUAGGCGACGGGGCGGCCUGAAAAAAACAGCAUCAGACUACGGGGCCGAGCACGGCGCCAGAAAACGGGCAUCGCGGCCGAGUCACCAAGCCGCACCAUGGAAACAGCCCCGAAAACCAGCCCAUACAACCGGGACUGGAAAGACGGCGGAGGCCGCACGUGACCUGGCCUAGUAGAUAGUCACCUGCGGCGGCCCUCCUUAGGGCGCCCCGCAAAAGAAGCAAAUAUCAGCUGAAUAUUCAACCCACGGCAUUUGGUUUGACGGCCCCGGAACUUGCAAGUUCCGGCAUCGUAGUGGCCGAUCGGGCCGGCGCCACGCCCGGAGAACGCCGGUCACGUGACCCGCCUUCCGGGCCCUUGUGUUUAUGGAUUUCCACCAAAAGCCACCGCCAGCCAAGUGGCCAGAAAUGCCGGCAUUGUAUCCAC